UAAAUUGCGUAUGUUCUCAAGGAGCUGUGGCUUUCCCGGGCAGCCGAGGGCAUCCUGGUGAUGGGAGAGUCGGCCUCGUCUCGUCUGUGUAUUGGUCUCAUUUCCUUCUAUGAUGACUGUUUUUAACACAUAAACUUGUGGUAAGGAGAAAUUAUCAGUUUGUCGCAUUGUGGGUGGAGUUUUACUCCAGCAGAGUAGGAGCUAAAUCAGAGUGUAGAAGCUUUGGGGUAAGGUUUCCUUCCAAGUAGAGAUUGGGGUGCUCAGCUGUCGAUGUGGGCUGCCUGCAGCUGGAGCUGCCGUCUUUGUCUGAGAGAUGUGACUCCCCACCCCCACCCGGGUGCUCCGAGCCAUGGCCGACACCAUCUUUGGCAGCGGGAAUGACCAGUGGGUUUGCCCCAAUGACCGGCAGCUUGCCCUUCGAGCCAAGCUGCAGACAGGCUGGUCUGUGCACACCUACCAGACGGAGAAGCAGAGAAGGAACCAGCACCUCAGCCCGGCGGAGGUGGAGGCCAUCCUGCAGGUCAUCCAGAGGGCCGAGCGGCUGGACGUCCUGGAGCAGCAGAGAAUUGGGCGGCUGGUGGAGCGGCUGGAGACCAUGAGGCGGAACGUGCUGGGGAACGGCCUGUCCCAGUGCCUGCUCUGUGGGGAAGUGCUGGGCUUCCUGGGCAGCUCGUCCGUGUUCUGCAAAGACUGCAGGAAGAAAGUCUGCACCAAGUGUGGGAUCGAGGCCUCUCCCGGCCAGAAGCGGCCCCUGUGGCUGUGUAAGAUCUGCAGUGAGCAAAGAGAGGUCUGGAAGAGGUCGGGGGCCUGGUUCUACAAAGGGCUCCCCAAGUAUAUCUUGCCCCUGAAGACCCCUGGCCGAGCUGAUGACCCCCACGUCCGACCUGUGCCAUUGGAACCGGCAGAGCGAGAGCCCAGAAGCUCCGAGACCGGCCGCAUCUACACGUGGGCCCGAGGAAGAGUGGUUUCCAGCGACAGUGACAGUGACUCGGAUCUCAGCUCCUCCAGCCUAGAGGACAGACUCCCGCCCGCUGGGGUCAGGGGCCUGAAAGGCGACAAACCCUGGAGGGAGUCAGGUGGCAGUGUGGAGGCCCCCAGGAUGGGGCUCACGCACCCGCUGGGCCACCUCUCCGGGAGCCAGAGCAGCCUGGCCAGUGAGAUGGGGACAGGCUCUGCCGACCCGCAGCGGGGGGCCCUACCCCAGGCCGACCUGAAGGGCCGCGGUAAAAGACACACCUGGACGAGCCCCCAGUGCUGACGCGGCUCCAGCAGGCCCCUCUGGCUGCCUGGGCUGAGGCGUUUGGUGCCUGGAACAGACUUCUCUGUGGAGGAUUCCUGCCAGACCUUGCCCGGCUCCCCCAACCAGUCCUUGUGCCCUCGCCAGCCACCCUGUUGGCCAUGACUCAACAAACCAGUGUUGGGAGCGGUCUGCCUCCCCCACCCGGUGCCUUUCUGUGCCCCUUCUCUCUGGGGAGCAGUCUGCAUCCGCCACCCCCUCCAGCCACUGCCCUCAGCCCCUGACCUUAUUUAUUACCCUCCCCUCCCACACCCCCAACCUACCUUGUGAUGAUUUUAAGUUUGGGUGUGUCUUGGGUUGGGCUGGGGGUUCCCACGUGCCGUGUCCGAGGGGCUGCCUGGCCGGGCUUUCUCGUUGCUGUAUUAAUGGAAGAUGAAACCCCAGGGCACGGCCUCUGAAGCUGUGUGUGGUCCCUUAGAGGUGACCACUGGAACCAGAGCAGUGAGCAUGAGAUUCACCCACCCUCUGCCUCUCCCUCUAGCUCUGGGAGGCAGGAGCAGUGGCCCCUCCCAUGGGCUGGCCCAGGACCGCAGGCGAAACCUGGCUCGGGUUUCUUUGGUUUUUGUAUGUUUGUUUGUUGUUGAGACAGAGUCUCGCUCUGUUACCCAGGCUGGAGUGCAGUGGCGCAAUCUAGGUUCACUGCAACCUCCGCAUCCCAGGCUCAAGUGAUUCUCUCACCUCGGCCUCCCAAGUAGCUGGGAUGACAGGUGCCCUCCACCACACCCAGUUAAUUUUUGUAUUUUUAGAAGAGAUGGGGUUUCUCCAUGUUGGCCAGGCUGGUCUUGAACUCCUGGUCUCAAGCGAUCCACCCGCCUCGGCCUCCGAACGUGCUGGGAUUACAGGUGUGAGUCACCACGCCCGGUCCUGUUAGGUUUCUUUGACUCCCCUCACGGCCUGCCUGGUUUUUGCUCAGCCUGUCUUCAGCUUGAGGAGCUGGGAAGCUCUGGUGGACGCUGUGAACUCACUCACUGAAGAGCAGCCUUCAGGUGCAUCCCUGGCCAGGGCACGUGGCUCCCUCCGCCAUGAAUUCACUUCUCUUCAGGAGUUUUGGCUUGGCAUGAAAAUACUUCAUUCAGAGUAUGGGCAAAUGCUUCUGGAAAACCCUUCCCUGAAGAGAGAGAACGUACGUGUGUGUGUGUAUGUGUGUGUUGGUCGGUGUUCACACCCUCCCAUCCUUCCUGUCUCCUGCCCCAAACCCUGGGUCCCUGGGUCUGGAAGGGCCUCCUCUCCAAACUGGGAGCUCCUGGGUCCCCACCAUUCACUUUUUGUCCUAGCUGCUGGCAAAUAGUAAGGAAAUUCACUUUCCCUGUGGCACGUUAUGCUUCAGAAUUAAAACAAUGAAGAUUAACAUUUGCAUUGAGCCACUGUGUUGAUC